AUGCGGGCACACGCCACAAGGAUACCCUAUGAUAGGAUUAAGGUUUGGAUCAACAGAUGUCAAGACCACGAUCCACACAAGCUCGCCUCUGGUAAGCACAUAAGACACCUCAGAGUGAUACGUUGCGACACUGAUCCCAUCAGCGUCGUGAUCGCCCCAGAAUCGUGCCAAUAUGUGGCACUGUCCUAUGUGUGGGGCGAGGCACAGGAAAAAUCGCCACAAGAAGGGGAUAUCCUCGGAGCAUACAUCCCGCAGACCAUCAGAGACAGUAUCAAGGUCACACUGGAGCUUGGCUAUAAAUAUCUCUGGGUCGACAGAUAUUGCAUCGACCAACACGACCAAUUCGACAAAUCCCACCAGAUUGGGCAAAUGGGAGCAAUCUAUGCGCGUGCCCAACUGACCAUCUUCGCUGUGGCUGGCAACAACUCCUCACAUGGUCUUCCUGGAGUAAGAAUCAGUCGACGCGUGCCUUUCAAUGAUGUCAUGACUGGAACUACCUAUCUCAGACACGAUUGGGACAGCACGGAAGAUAUCUUGAGUUCCAAAUGGGUCUCCAGAGGUUGGACAUUACAGGAAAGUUACCUGUCGACAAAACGACUCUUCUUCACUGAGCGACAGGUAGUAUUCGCUUGC